CAGUUGUAAAACGUUAAAUAACACACGGCUCAUUCGCCGGAAGUGACGUUGGGAUCUGUUGCACUGUUUACGAAAUAAAAGCCUCAUUGUUGAAGUUGGUUUCCAUGGUGACAAACAGAUUUAACCACAACGGAUCAGCUCUGAAAUAACAGAGAUAAGAGAGAAGAGAAGAUUAACGGAGCGAAAGUGUUAAACAGCUGUCUGAUGACGAUGGAGGCUUCUGCUGACAGGACGGAGCAAACGGCGGAAAAGCUGCGUUUGUUUCCCACAGCGAAGGCAGAAGAUGAGCUGGACGAAGCCCGAAGCAGAAGCCCCUCCAGGAGGCUUUUCUGCUCCAGUGAAAUCUUCCUGCCGUGGGGGGGGGAACGCCCGCGAAGACCGGAGCUCCAGAUGAGCGCCAUCAUCCAGAGCAAGGCCGCACAACAUUACACGAAUGGAAAAGAGUUGAUGGGAAAGUCCCAGUUUGGGAAGGCGCUGAUCUGCUUCUCCAGAGGCGUCACGCUGCAGCCUGAGCAGCCUCACCUGCACGAGAGGCGCGCCGAGGCCUUCCUGCAGAUGUGCGACUUCCAGUCGGCGGCGGCCUGCUACAAGCGGGCCUGGAUGCUGCAGGCCGGAGCCUGCUGCGCCCGCCUGGCCUUCGUCUACUACCUCCAGGGCCAGUGUUUGUUGGACCGAGCCCUUUUCCUCGAGGCUCUGGAGGCCUUCAGCAAAGCUGCCGAGGUGAAGCCCGGCUGCAGGAGCUACGAGGUCAAAAGUCUGGUCUGCCUGGCGGCUGCAGGUCACCACGCUGAGUGUCUGGAGCGGGUGAACGAGUGGAUGCUGUCGGACGGUCCGACCUCCGACCUUUACAUCCUCAGAGCGCGGCUCCUCAAACUGCUCAACAAGACGUCCCAGUGUCAUCGGGACGUGACCUCGGCGCUGGCACUGAACCCCCGGUGCCCCGUCGCCGGCGCCCUGCUGCAGCGGCUGCGGGAGGCCGGCGAGGCGGCCCGGCGGCGGGCCGAGGACGAUGUCCUGAGAGGCCGGCUGCCCGAUGCCCUGCUCAGCAUCGACCGCGCACUGCAGCACUGCCCGCAGGACGCACGCCUCCACCUGUUCAGAGGGACCCUCUACCGACGCAUGAAGGACUUCACAGCAGCCAUCGAGGAUCUGGUCCAGGCUAUGGAACUGCUCGAGGAGGAGGUCAGGGGUCAGGCGGAGGCCGGAGCACAGAAGGAUGGGCGGGGCUCCGUGAAGGAGGAGGAGGUCAGAGGUCAGCAGGAGGUCAGAGGUCAGAAGGAUGGGCGGGGCUCCGUGGAGGAGGAGGAGGUCAGAGGACAGCAGGAUGGGCGGGGCUCCGUGGAGGAGGAGGAGGUCAGAGGACAGCAGGAUGGGCGGGGCUCCGUGGAGGAGGAGGAGGUCAGAGGACAGCAGGAUGGGCGGGGCUCCGUGGAGGAGGAGGAGGUCAGAGGACAGCAGGAUGGGCGGGGCUCCGUGGAGGAGGAGGUGCGGUUUCAGUUGGUUCUCACCUACAAUGACUUUGCCGUCCAGUGCUUCGGCCGAGGCCUCCACGCCGAGGCCACUGUGCUCCUCAACAAGGCCGUCGAGGAGGAGAAGGGGCAGGCUGGCCUGUACCUAAACCGAGGAGAUUGUUUCUUCCAGCAGGGCGAGUGGCGCUUCGCUCUGGCCGACUACCAGCAGGCCGAGGAGAUGAUGCCCCCCGACGACCCCGCCGUGCGUCUCCGCCUGGCCGUCCUCCACAACACGCUGGGCUCGCUCUGCUUCCAGGACGGGUGUUUCCAGGAGGCGGCCGACAUGUUUUCCAAGGCCGUCCGGUACGACCCGGCGGCCGGUCGGUACUACGAGAGCCGAUGCAAGGCCUUCAGGAAGCUCCUGGACCUGGAGGGGGCCAGGCGGGACCUCAUCUGCACGCUGAUCCUGGACCCCACCAACGAGGAGCUGCCUCCCAUGCUCAUGGACCUGUUCCCCGGCUGCAGUGCCGCUGACGUUCUGUCCGGUCCGACUGGACGAGCAGUCAGAGCCGAGCUGACGGACGCCAUCCGGGCCCGCAGCUCCCCCUCCGACCAGCAGAGGCUGGAUCUGCAGAAGACGACUCUGGCCGGAGAAGAUCUGCAGACAACCGUGAGGAACCUUCUGUGGGUGCUGAGGGGAGAUGAUUGAUCACAGCUAACGGUCCUAUCAAGUCAACUUAAGACUAUUUAGACAUAAAGACGACGUCCUUCUGGACAACGUGUCGUGACGUACUCCGUGAGGAACUUACAAAGUACGAGGGAGACACGACAACAGUUUUUUGUAUUAGAUUGAAAGUGUUAAAAAAGUGUUUAAAAGGCUAAAAACCAACAAAUAUGGAUCAAAGUUCCUCAGAUAAAAACAUGUUGUGAACAUUUGA